AUGGGAAGUGAAGGGAUCAGCAUCAACAAAAAACUCAGAUUCUUAUGCCUUCAUGGGUUUCGAACAAGCGGCGAAAUCUUAAAGAAACAACUGGUCACAAAGUGGCCGGAAUCUGUGCUGGAGAAACUCGAUUUGGUUUACGUCGAUGCGCCUUUUCCGUGUAAAGGAAAAUCCGAGGUCGAAGGAAUUUUUGAUCCUCCGUACUAUGAAUGGUUCCAAUUUAACAAGGAAUUUACGGAGUACGAGAAUUUUGAUGAGUGUCUUACUUAUAUAGAAGAAUGCAUGUUGAAGCACGGACCGUUUGAUGGGCUCCUUGGUUUCUCCCAGGGAGCAAUUUUAUCAGCUGCGUUGCCAGGAUUACAAGCCAAUGAGGUGGCUCUUAAAAAUGUUCCUAAGCUAAAUGCAUUUAUAAUAAUUGGAGGAGCAAAGUUUAGGAAUCAAUCCGUGGCUGAGAAGGCAUAUUCGUCGCCAAAUGAAUGCCCCUCUGUUCAUUUCUUAGGGGAAACUGAUUUCUUGAAGCAAUAUGGGGUUGAACUCCUGGAUUCGUUUGCUCAGCCUUUGGUGAUUCAUCAUCCUAAGGGCCAUACAAUACCAAGAUUUGACGAGGAUGGCUUGAAGAGCAUGCUAAGUUUUCUUGAAAGGAUGGAGGAGGUUGCAGGAAUGGAGAAAAAAUAA